GCGUUUCCCGCCGUGGAGGCGCUUCUAAUGGGUUCGGGCGGUGGCCCUCGGCGCCCCGCCCUCCGCGGGCCCGCCCCCGGCUCCAUCUUGCCGGCGACCAGGUUGGGCCGUGACGCUGCUGCAGGGGUCAGAAUGUCAUACCCAGGCUAUCCCCCCACAGGCUACCCACCUUUCCCUGGAUAUCCUCCUGUGGGUCAGGAGUCAUCUUUUCCCCCUCCUGGUCAGUAUCCUUAUCCUAGUGGCUUUCCUCCAAUGGGAGGAGGUGCCUACCCACCAGCACCAAGUGGGGGCUACCCAGGAGCUGGUGGCUACCCUGCCCCUGGAGGUUAUCCAGCCCCUGGAGGCUAUCCUGGUGCCCCACAGCCAGGGGGAGCUCCAUCCUAUCCUGGAGGCCAAGGGUUUGGAGCCCCACCAGGUGGAGCAGGCUUUUCUGGCUAUCCACAGCCACCCUCACAGUCUUAUGGUGGGGGCCCAGCACAGGUCCCACUACCUGGUGGUUUUCCUGGGGGACCGAUGCCUUCUCAGUAUCCUGGAGGACAAUCUCCUUACCCUAGUCAGAUCAGUACAGAAUCCUUUCCUUCCUAUCCUGUUUUCUCUCCUGUUUCUUUGGAUUAUAGCGGUGAACCUGCUGCAAUGACCCAGGGAACUCAAGGAACAAUCCGACCGGCUGCCAACUUCGAUGCCAUGAGAGAUGCAGAAGUUCUUCGUAAAGCAAUGAAGGGUUUUGGUACAGACGAGCAGGCAAUUAUAGACGUUGUGGCCAAUCGUUCCAAUGAUCAAAGGCAAAAAAUUAAAGCAGCUUUUAAGACCAUGUAUGGCAAGGAUUUAAUCAAAGAUCUUAAGUCAGAGUUAAGUGGAAAUAUGGAAGAACUGAUCCUUGCCCUGUUCAUGCCAUCUACAUAUUAUGAUGCCUGGAGUUUAAGGAAUGCAAUGAAGGGAGCAGGAACUCAGGAACGUGUGUUGAUUGAAAUUUUAUGCACAAGAACAAAUCAGGAAAUCCAAGAAAUCGUCAGAUGUUAUCAAUCAGAAUUUGGACGAGACCUCGAAAAGGACAUUAGGUCAGAUACAUCAGGGCAUUUUGAACGUUUACUUGUAUCCAUGUGCCAGGGAAAUCGGGAUGAGAACCAGAAUGUUAACCACCAGCUGGCUCAGGAAGAUGCUCAGCGUCUUUAUCAGGCUGGUGAGGGGAGGCUAGGGACAGAUGAAUCUUGCUUUAACAUGAUUCUUGCCACAAGAAGUUUUCCUCAGCUGAAAGCUACCAUGGAGGCCUAUUCCAGGAUGGCUAAUCGAGAUUUGUUGAACAGUGUCGCCCGUGAGUUUUCCGGAAAUGUUGAAAGUGGUUUGAAGACCAUCUUGCAGUGUGCCCUGAACCGCCCUGCCUUCUUUGCUGAGAGGCUCUACUAUUCUAUGAAAGGUGCCGGCACAGAUGACUCCACCCUGGUCAGAAUUGUGGUCACUCGAAGUGAGAUUGAUCUUGUACAAAUAAAACAGAUGUUCACUCACAUGUAUCAGAAGACCCUGGGCACAAUGAUUGCAAGUGACACGAGUGGAGAUUACCGAAGGCUUCUUCUGGCCAUUGUGGGCCAGUAAGAGAGAUUUUUUUAAGUGAAUGAAGUUAUUCAAAGCUUAUCCUUCAAAGCAGUGAUUGACCUGCAUGCAGCAACAUCAACCCUCACCUAACCAAAAGAGCUUUUAGUAAGGACUGUGUCAGGGUAUUGUGCUUGGUUUGCACAUAUGGUUAUUGCCUUAAUUCCAAUGUUAUUUUUUUCUCUAUAGACGAUCAAGUAAAGCCAUAUCACGAUGAAAUGAUAAUGCAGUGUUUGUAAAGCAUAAUUCUCACUGGUCUUAUUCUAACUAGGAUACCAAAUUGAAUAAAAGUAAUAACAGUCUCUAAUUCUGUGUAAUAUUAUUGAAUUAAAAAAUUCAAUAUUGACUAAAUUUGAAUAAAUAAUAUUGAAUUUAAAAAAACCCUUUGCCUUCCGUUGGACAGUUAUAGUUGGUAAUAUGUCAAAACUGUAUUACUUUUUUUAAAAAAUUCAGCUCUUUGACCUAGAAGAGUAAUUUGCAUCUUACUUUACAUAAAUUGGUAUUCUAUAUUCAUAAACACUAAACUUCCCACAUAGAAAAUAGUUUAGUAUUGCCUGUAGCAACUUUUUAAAAAGGGAUUAUAUGUUUAUGUGCAUAAAGUAUAUAGCCUACUUUUAUGUCUACUCAGAUUGCCUACAGAUCUUUAUUGGCCCUUGACUUAGAAAAAAAUUUAUAAAAGACUUUAAUUUUAGUUGCAAUUUAAUCAUGAUGCAAGAAAGUGAAGCUUGACACAUAAGAGGCACUGAAUUAAUGAAUGAACGAGGCUUAAAUCAUCUUCCUGAGAGAUUGAAUACUAGCUCUUUGGAGAAGUAGUUCAGGAACUCAGUUAGUGGUAUAGCAAGGUGAUUUCAAACCUGGCUUUUAUUCCCAGUACUGAACAAUUACUUAUUGAGUAUGUUGAGCAUUACAGUAGAUAGUUAUGGAAAGUGUCAAUACAAAGGAAGGAAGUUUGUAAUCUAGUGGGGGUUCUAAACAAAAAUUAGAAUACAAAGAAAUUGUAAAUGUUAGAUUAUGAAUUCUGCUGAGGAUAAUAACCCUAUUUGUUCUUUGUGUUGAGCUCCCUGGCAGAAAGCAGAUAUUUAAUAUAGAUCUGGUGAAUGAUUGUACUAAAAAUUGAGAAUAGUAGUAAAUAUCAAUUAUAAUUUGAUGAACAUUUGUUUUGUGUAAGUACCAAGGGACAUACAUACAAGGUGGUAUAAGACUCAACCUUACUGUUAGAGAGGUAGACCUAUGUACAAUUGUAGUGCAAGGCAAAAGCAAGAUACAUAGGAAGAAGGAUAAUGGGCUAAGAUAGAUUUUUGAUAUAGCUUUUGGAAAAGUAAGUAACAGUGAUAGGAUUUGAUAAAAGUGAGAAAGAGGGGUGUAAGGUAUUAAGGAAAGAAGAUAUGAGCAAUAUAUGUUUAAACUUUUAAAAAUUGAGAUAUAACUCAUACACCAUUCACCCUUUUAAAGGGUGCAAUUCAGUGGUUCUUAGGAUAUUCACACAUUUGUGUAACAGUCACCACAAUCAAUUUUUGAACAUUUUCAUCACCCAAAAAGAAAGAAACUUAUACCCAUUAGCAGUCAUUCCUCCUUUCCCCUCCUCCUGCCCAGCCCCUGGCGAUUACUGAUCUACUUUCUCUCUCUCUGGAUUUCUUUCUAUUUGAGGCUUUUCAUAUGAAUGGAAUCAUACAAUGUGUGGCCCUUUGUGUCUGGCUUCUUUUAAUUAGCGUACUCUUUUUAAGGUUCACCUUGGUUGUGGCAUGAACCAAUACUUCAUUCUGUAUUAUGGCUGGAUCAUCCAUUGUUGGAUAUACAUUUUGCUUGUCCAUUUGUCAAUUGAUGAACAUUUGGGUUGCUUUCACUUAUUAACCAUUAUGCGUAAUGCUGCUAUGAACAAUCAUGUACAAGUUUUUCUGUGGACAUGUUUUCAAUUCUCUUGGCUAUAGUACUAGGAGUGGAAUUGCUGGUACAUAUAGUAUCUCUAUGUUUAACUUUUUGAAUAUCUGCCAUACUGUUUUCCAAAAUAGCUGUACCAUUUUAGAAUACUACCAGCAAUGAAUGAGGCUUCCAAUUUCUCCUCAUUCCUACCAACAUUAUCAUUGUCUCUCUGAUUAUAGCCAUUGUAGUGGAUGUGAAGUGGUAUCUCAUUGUGGUUUUGAUUUGCAUUUCCCUAAUGACUAAUGAGCAUAUUUCCUUGAGCUUACUGGCCAUUUGCAUAUCUUCUUUGGAAAAAUGUCUGUUCAAAUACUCAUUUUAAAAUUGGUUUAUUGGGAAUUUCCUUGCGGUCCAGUGGUUAGGACUCCACGUUUCCACUGCUGGUGUUCGAUCCCCUGCAAGCCUUCUGGCCAAAAAAGAAAGUAUAUUUGGCACAAGGUAUGAUAGUUAUCUCAGCGCAAAUUCACUCACAACCCUCACUUGGGAAAAAAUCUGGAGGGAAAUGCCUUACUCAACAGUUAUAUAGUUUUAUUUUGAGAACUUUUAUGACUUACAACACUGCAACUUAAAAAAAAUCUUUUUCUUAAUUUUAUAAUUUUAAUAUGUUUAUUAGCAGAAAUACAAUUUAUUUUUAAAAUUUGGCUCUGAUAACUGUAUCCUAAGCAAACAGUUUCCAUGGAGAGUAGUGUGUGGGUGUGCGUAUAGUUUAAUAAUUUGUUUUGAAAUAGUUUCAAGUUUACAGAAAAGUUACCAGAACAGUACAAAGAACUCUCAUGUCCUCUUCAUCCAUAUUCUCCUAGACUUAACAUUUUAUUGGUUCAUUGGUCACUCUGAGUAUGUGUGUGUGUGUGCAUAUAUCCUUUGUUAUUAGUCUUUUCUGAACCUUUCGAGGGUUGAGAGAGCAACCUGCAGUCAUAAUGUCCCAACACUCCUAAUCACUCCAGCGGGUAUUUUCCCCCAAACAGGGACAUUUUUCUACAUAACAGCAAACAGUUUUCCACAUCAGGAAAUCAAUAUUGGUACAACACUUCCACACAAUCUACUAAGCCCAUUCAAAUUUCGCCCACUAUCCCAACAAUGUCUCGUUUCUUUUCUGGGUCAACGUGCUGUACAGGAAUAUGUAUUGUAUUUAGUUGCCGUGUAUCUUCAGACUCCUUUAAUCUGGAAGAGCUGCCAGUCUUUCGUGGCCUUGACAGUUUUAUUAAAGGGUACACAGGCCUUACUUUCUAUAGGAACGGCUUACAACCUGGGUCCCUUGUUUGUAGGAAUACCACAAAAUGAUGCCUUGCUUUUCCCACUGAGUCUCAUCAGGAGGCACAAAAUGUAGACUCCUCCCGACACUUGUGAUGUUAACCUUGAUCACUUGAUCAUGUUGGUUUCUUAAAGUCACUGUUUUUCCCUUUGUAAUCGAUUACUAUUCCAAAAUCAUGCCAAUAUCCUAUUCCUCAUCAAACCUCCACACACCAAUCUUAGCAUUGAAGACUCCUGUGUAAAUCAUCCACUUCUAUAGUUGGUGCCAAAUGGUAAUUCUCUGUUUCUACCAUUUCCUCUCCAUUAUUGGGUUGGCAUUCUGCUGACAGUUUUCCUUUCUCUUCAUUUAUUUAUAUCAAUGUGAACUUGUGUAUUCCUAUUUUAUUCAGUGGAUUGUAAUCCAUUAUUAUCAUUGUUUAUUUUGAUGCUCAAAUUGUCUCUGAUUUGGCCAGGAACCCACUCAAGCUGGCUCUUAACAGUGCAACAUUUUAAAGUAUGUAUACUGCUAGGAUUCAUCCAUGUUGUGAAUAGCUGUAGUUCAUUUAUUUUGACUGCUUUGUAAUAUGCGAUUUUGUGAAUAUACAGCAGUGUAUUCAUCCACUCUUCCGUUGGGUUGUUUCCAGGUUUCUGCCAUUGUAUUUUUCCAUUCCAACUCUAAUGUUGAAUUUCAAAUGCAUUAAAUUUUUGCAUUAAUAUCAUA